AUUUGGCUGUCGCCGCGCGGACACACGGACGGACAAGGACGCUCCAGAGCCGCGAGCUGGAGACGGCAGUUCCAGAGACGUGCGCGAGCUUCCCUUAGAUCUGCGGCUCUGUCGCAGCUCUCACAUUCACCUGGGGGAGAGUGAGGCGUGCGUGCGGAGAGGAUUUCCAAUUUCAAAGAUCGCCUAACUUUUUCCAGACAAAUAGGCUUUAAGGAUUAAAAACAAACAGCGAACAAAUAAAACAAGACAUAGAAGAAGACGAACUAAUGUGCAAUAAGGAUAUUUCUGUCCGAAGUGAAGAGUUUGAUUUUGAAGCAGUGGGGGAAUCAAACAGGGAGAAUACAAGCUGAAUGCGUUUUACGCACUGGGAGCGCAUCAAACAGAGAACCUGAACUCCUGACAGUUUCUCUGUCCUCUUUGUCCCCGAAGCGUCGUACUUAUUUAGCUUAGGGUGAGGCGAGAUUUAUCAGAAUUAAAACGCGUUUGGUGGACUUAUGGCAGGACUUACCCCUUCUGGAAUUGUUGAACACUCCGAACACACCGACCGCUGACCACUGCCAUGCUUCGGCGGAGUGGUAAUUUACUCAAGGUUCCUGCAAACCUCAGGGUUGAGUAACUCAGCCAUGGGCAUAUCGCUGGAUCUUUGAGAAGAACCAGAUUUCUUCACGCUCGUCACUCUCUUUCCAUCUCCUUCUCCAUUUUCUAUGCAUUUGCUAUCUGGGAAACAGGGGAAGUGACUCACCAGGAACCAGACCCCAUCGACCCUGCCUGUGGAACUGCCCCCUUUCCUUCAACUGGAAACCAUGAAAAACCUUUUUCUCGUUGCUGGCCAUUCAGGAUGGCCUUUUCCAGCACUGCUAUCGUUUUGUGCCACUUUUCUACUGAUGGGCGGUUGCUGCCAUGCCGCCCCCUCAGGCCCUGAGUCCGACUCCUGCUCCACCUUAGUUCAAAACCGCUUCUUUGGGUUCUUUUUAUCAUCACCAGUGUUCCCCACUGUGCCUUGUUCCUGGACUCUACAAAACCCAGAUCCACGACGGUACACAACAUUCAUCAAGGUGACCAAACCCACAGGGGGCUGCCAGCCGUUUCAGCUGCGGACCUUCCAGUAUGACUCCUUCCUGGAGACCACGCGUACGUACCUGGGCAUGGAGAGUUUUGAUGAGAUUGUGAGGCUGUGUGACUCCUCUGUUCCUGUGGCCUUCCUGGAGGCUGGAAAACAGUUCCUGCAAAUGAGGAAAGGACCUCCUCGGGCAGGCAUGGCCACCCAAAAUGGUGAUGAGGAUUUUAAAACCGAGUACCUGGUGGUGGGGAAGCGCAAUCCAAGCAUGGCAGCCUGUCAGAUGCUCUGCCAGUGGCUGGAAGACUGCUUGGCCUCCAGCACAUCCAACAGACCCUGCGGCAUAAUGCAGACCCCCUGCCUGUGCUGGGAUAAGCCUCCACAGCUCAGUGUGGGUAAUAGUUGUUAUCACAAUGGAGUUUACUUGGAAAACUGUUUGCCCAGCGUGAAAGGGAGCGGAAAAGAUGCGGAAAUAAAUGGUGGUUGGAGUGUGUGGGGCCACUGGGAGCAGUGCAGCAGUGAAUGUGGCGGAGGAAUCCAAAUCCGUGCUCGGACCUGCCAGUCGCCGCCAGAAGAGUCUUUCCUGUGUGAGGGCAUAGUGGAGGAAGGUCGGCCCUGCAACUCCCAGUCAUGCACAGGCAAAGGUCGCCAUCUCUCUCGCAGCCAGUCUCUCCGCUCGGUGGACAACCCCAAGCGUGAUGACACAGACAAGCCCCCCCGCAGCGGACAGCAGAGUCCUCAGGAAGUAGAAUCAACUUCAGGUGAGGAGUGGUCAUCCUGGAGUGUGUGUUCUGCCACCUGCGGGGAAGGCUGGCAGAGUCGCACUCGUUUCUGUGUGUCCUCCUCCUACAGCACACAUUGUAGCGGGCCACUGCGAGAGCAGAGACCUUGCAACACCUCAGCAAUUUGUCCAGUUCACGGCACAUGGGAUGAGUGGUCACCGUGGAGUUUGUGUUCAUCCACCUGUGGCCGAGGUUACAGGGCCCGAACACGAACUUGUUCCCCGCCGCAGUUUGAGGGAAAACCCUGUGACGGACCAGGGAAACAGACCAAAUUCUGCAACAUAGCCGUCUGUCCAGUGGAUGGGGUCUGGAAUGAGUGGUCCAGCUGGAGCUCCUGCUCUGCUACAUGUUCCAAUGGGACGAUGCAGAGAACCAGGGAAUGCAAUGGCCCCUCUUAUGGAGGCUCGGAGUGCAGGGGAGAGUGGCUGGAGACGGUUGACUGUUUCCUACGGGAUUGUCCAGUGGAUGGGAAGUGGCAGCCUUGGUCCUUGUGGUCAGGCUGCUCUAAAACCUGUGGAGGGGGGACGCAGCAGAGGAACAGGGUUUGUUAUGGGCCCUUUUUCGAAGGACAGGAUUGUCCUGGAGAGAGACAACAAAUCCGUCACUGCAAUGAAAAGAGAUGCCCAGCACCUCAUGAGAUAUGUGAUGAGGACAAUUUCUCUAAGGUUGUGUGGAAGAUGACUCCUGCCGGGGAUACAGCAGCAGUACAAUGUGAUUCCAAUGCCGUAGGAGUUAUCCUGCGUCGCUGCUCUUUGGAUGAGGAGGGCAUUGCCUACUGGGAAAAUCCCACCUAUAUGAAAUGCAUUUCCAAUGACUAUCGCAAUAUACAAACCUUAACUCGGGAACACUUGUCCAAAGCACAGCGUGGCCUUGUGGGAGAUGGAGUUUCAGAAGUGAUGAACAAGCUGAGGAUGACAUCUGAUGAUGGAACAAGCUACAGUGGUGAUCUGUUGGCUAUCCUGGACGUACUGAAGAACAUGACAGAGAUCUUCAGGAGGGCAUACUAUAGUCCCACCAGUGCAGACAUGAGGAACUUUGUGCAGACUGUGAGCAAUCUGCUGAUGGAAGAGAACCGGGACAGAUGGGAAGAAGCACAACUGCUGGGCUCCAACAUCAAGGAGCUGUUCCGUCUCAUGGAGGACUUUGUGGACGUCAUUGGCUUAAGGAUGAAAGAGUUCCGUGACAUGUAUGAAGUCACCGAUAACCUGGUUUUGAGCAUCCAUAAGCGUCCUGUGAUGGAUCAGGCUGACUUCAACUUCCCUAUGAAAGGCUGGAGAGGAAUGGUGGACUGGGCUCGGAACUCUGAGGACCGAGUCAGCAUACCAAAGAACAUCCUGUCCACUGGAAAGUCGGAAGCAGACGACGACUCGACCUUUGUAACCGGCGUUGUUCUCUACAGGAACCUGGGCAGCAUUUUGACUCUGCAAAGAAACAACACGAUCCUCAACUCUAAGCUUUUGUCAGUGACCAUCAAGCCCCUCCCAGCUUCCCUCUCCACACCUGUUGUGGUCGAGUUCUCCCACCUAUACAACGGCACUACCAACCAAACCUGUAUAUCCUGGGAUGAGAGUGACAGCUCCUCUCUGCUGGGAUCUUGGUCUGCCAGGGGCUGCAGAGCCGUGCUCGUCGACUCAUUCAGAACCAAAUGCGUGUGUGACAGACUGUCCACCUUCGCCAUUUUAGCACGGCUGAACCCCGACAUGAACAUGGAUAAGAUGCAGCUCCCAUCUGUAACCUUGAUUGUUGGCUGUGGAGUAUCCUCGCUCACACUGCUGCUUCUCAUCAUCAUCUACGUGUCUGUGUGGAAGUACAUUCGAUCAGAGCGCUCUGUCAUCCUCAUUAACUUCUGCCUCUCCAUCAUCUCCUCCAAUGCCCUUAUUCUCAUCGGACAGACCCAAACAAGGAACAAGGUUUUAUGCACCCUGAUUGCAGCAUUCCUUCAUUUCUUCUUCCUGUCGUCAUUCUGCUGGGUUCUGACUGAGGCCUGGCAGUCAUACAUGGCCGUGACCGGUCGCCUCAGGAACCGCAUCAUACGGAAGCGCUUCUUGUGUCUCGGCUGGGGUCUCCCAGCGCUUGUUGUAGCCAUCUCAGUGGGAUUCACCAAGGCAAAAGGAUACGGAACACCAAACUACUGCUGGCUGUCUUUGGAAGGAGGCCUUCUCUAUGCAUUUGUUGGACCUGCUGCAGCUGUAGUCUUGGUUAACAUGGUUAUUGGGAUUCUCGUUUUUAACAAACUGGUCUCCAAAGAUGGCAUUACUGAUAUGAAACUAAAGGAGAGGGCGGGGGCUCUCCAAUCAGGAACACAUCAGUCUCAGAAGCCCCCUCCCAUCUCAUCAGUGAUUGGUCAGAUGACAGUGCCACUGUACAAUAUGACGCUCAAAUGUGCCAAGUGCGGAGUUAUCUCUUCGGCUGACGUUUCCACCACAGCUACCAGUAACGCCAUGGCGUCACUGUGGAGCUCCUGUGUGGUUUUGCCUCUCUUGGCCCUCACAUGGAUGUCUGCUGUCCUGGCCAUCACUGACCGGCGUUCUGCCCUCUUCCAGAUUCUUUUCGCUGUGUUUGAUUCUCUGGAAGGUUUUGUUAUCGUAAUGGUUCACUGCAUCCUGCGCAGAGAGGUUCAGGAAGCGGUCAAGUGUCGAGUGGUGGAUCGGCAGGAAGACACUAAUGGAGAUUCAGGUGGAUCUUUUCAAAAUGGCCAUGCUCAGCUCAUGACUGACUUUGAAAAAGACGUGGAUAUGGCUUGCAGAUCCGGCACAGCGAAGCGCUCGUCUCUCCAGGGGGAAGACAAGGCUUCUGCCGGGACCCUCACCCUUCAGAAAGGAUCCAACUUUAACACAAUGCCAGCCAGCAUGACCAAGGUUCACCUCCAGAAUGUGGCCGACUACUCCAGCCACACCCUCACUCUGCGCCGGGAGAAAGGUGCUGCAAAGGGGAUCAGCACCGAGCUCCCCGGCGCCAAAUCCAUCUACAUCUGUGAUGGUGAGCUCUUCAAGCAGCUGGACGGAGAACUGCCCCGAGGGAAUGGGGAGGGCAGCAGCUCAGACAGCACCAGCAAAGGCCCAGGGUACGUCAUCCUACCGGCUAACAACACAGGUACCCUGAAGACCGCCAAGGGGAAAGAUGAUCCGACCAGCAAGUAUAACAUCACCAUGGAACAGCUCCCUCAGAGCAGGCUCAUCCAUCUGGCCAACUCUACUGCUGGAGAGCCAGUCCCUGGCUUUGGGCUCAAGAGCCUUCCUACUGACCAGGUCAGUGUGUCGUGUACUGACAGAGACUCACCAGCUCACAACCUGCACAACAUGCCUAGAGACUCGCAGACAACAAGCAGCUUGGCAGAUGCAGGCGACUCUGGCAACUCCGGGGUGAUGUCCAAGAGUGAAACCAUCUCCACACUGUCCAUGAGCUCAUUGGAGAGACGAAAAUCACGCUAUGCAGAGCUUGACUUUGAGAAAAUAAUGCACACCCGGAAACGGCACCAGGACAUGUUUCAGGACCUGAACAGGAAGAUUCAAAGUGCAGACAAGGAUAGAGAGUCUCCACCUGUUGAUGCCAAAGCUGCCAAAAGAUGGAGUGUGUCCUCUACCGGCAGCGACAAGACCAACAUGAGUGACAAGCAGCAGACCCCCAGUAAGAGGGGAUGGGAGGGCAUCCGCAAACCCCACUCGCCCCCUUCCUGGGUGAGGAAGGAGCUGGAAGCGGUGGCGGCAUCGCCCCUGGAGCUGCAGACAGUGGAGUGGGAGAAGAGCAGCGCCACCAUCCCCCUGGUGGGUCAGGAGAUCAUGGACCUGCAGACGGAAGUGUGACCUCUGACCAAGGCCUCACACCCUGCUGCUCCCUGCCAUCUUCAGUGUUGUCACCACACACUCACACACACGCACCCUCAUGCACACUGCCAUGGUCAACACAAAAUGAAGUAGACUCCUCUGCAGGGACAUAAAUUGGAGAAGGGCUGAGGACUAGAUUCACAGGGUUGGAAAUUGGAGUUUGGAGCGAAGAGGAACAUGGCAUCUCUUUUUGUUUCAUUUGAUACUUUAUUGUGGCGGAAAAGUGGACUGUCUGGACAACAGUGAGCUGACUCAUAACAAGAGACGGCGUGCUUCUACGUGUGCAUCAUCCAGAUGUUCUAAACAGCAUAGUUAUGCUCCCCCUGUAUUCAACUGUUACCAUGUAAUAAUCCUGAUGUGUCUCUUGGCUAAUAUUGAGGCUGUCCUGAUGGAGGCUGAUGUAAAGCUCAGCUUCAGUUGCCUCUCAGUGACACUAAGCUGGGUUUAAGGACCUGGACCGGACCCAACCCGCUCCUCAGUACCGAUCUGGGCACAGUGAUUGGAGCAUGCCGAGGUCAACAAGACUGUGACCUGACGGAGGACAAAAAGCAGGGAGAGUUCAGAGACUGUGGUGGGCAUGUGUGGGCUGCUGGCUCUGAUUGGCCCGUAUCAUUCAGUGGGAGCCUGGCUACUUGGGGUUCAUAAAGUAAAGACACCCUGAGAAUAACAAAGCUUAACAUGUUGGCAGUCUGGAAAAGUGAACCGAAAGGACCCUGUGUGUGGGGGGGAGGGGGGGGGGGUUGUGUGUGUGUGUGCCCUGAGAAGCGCAUUAUUAGUACGCGCUCUACUUAUAUUUGACUCAUUGGUCGACGAUGAUGACAUCCAAUGAGAUCAUCAGGCGGUGUGUGUGCGUGCAAGCUGCAAAGAGGGAAAGCACAAGGCUCACCUGGAGUCCUGAUGUAUAGCAUUGUAAUUAUUUCGACAGAGUUCUACAGAAUGGAUUUUAGCCUAUAAAUAUCUUUCUUACUGUGCUUGAGGAUAGUUGUUCUCAUUAUUAUGAAUAUGAACAUGAUUAUUCUGAUACUGAUAAGCUCCCCCCCAGCACCCUCUCCCCUGACUCAUCAGGGUACUGGACUACAAGUGUUCUGUAUCGCUAUGUAACUGUGUGUUUUGAUAUCACCACUGAGUCAUUCAGAUCUGUGUUUCUCUGUCGCCCCACCCCCAUAUCCCCAUGAAGCCAUCCUUACCUCCAAAACAGAUCCUCCCCCCCUACCCAUCUCCAGGUCACGCACCCCUUCCCCCCCCUUUUUAUUUUCCCAGUACUGCUUUUUUGUUGAUGUACAGUUUUCAGAGCACAAUAUGAAUGUGUCUUAUUUCUAAUAAAAGCAUAUCUAUAUAAUUAA